AUGUUAAAAGCGUUUUGCUUUAUUUUGAAUUUCAAAACACGUGUUCUACCAACUGUAACACCGGGAUAUCUUCGUCCAUUGAUACCUGAUUCAGCACCUGAAAAACCUGAUAACUGGACAGAUGUUAUGAGUGACAUUGAGAGAGUUAUAAUGCCGGGUGUAACUCAUUGGCAUAGUCCAAAGUUCCAUGCAUACUUUCCAACAGCAAAUUCUUAUCCCGCGAUUGUUGCCGAUAUGUUAUCUGGGGCUAUUGCGUGUAUAGGCUUCACAUGGAUCGCAAGCCCUGCAUGCACUGAACUUGAAGUUGUCAUGCUUGAUUGGUUAGGAAAAAUGCUUGAUCUUCCUAGUGAAUUUCUUGCAAGUUCAGGCGGAAAAGGUGGUGGAGUAAUUCAAGGAACUGCAAGUGAAGCAACACUUGUUGCACUUCUUGGUGCAAAAGCAAAAACUAUGCAAAGAAUUAAAAUGGAACAACCUGAGCUUAGCGAUGAUGUAAUCGUUUCAAAGUUGGUUGCAUACUGUUCAGAACAAGCACAUAGUUCGGUUGAGCGUGCUGGUUUACUCGGAGGUGUUCAUAUGAGAAAAGUAAAAGCAGACAGUUCUCACAAGUUGAGAGGGGAAGCACUUGAAGAUGCUAUUAAGAAAGAUCUUGCUGCUGGUCUUAUUCCCUUUUAUGUUGUCGCUACCUUGGGAACAACAAGCACAUGCGCAUUUGACAGAUUGGAUGAAAUUGGACCAGUUGGAAAUCGAUAUAAGGUCUGGGUUCAUGUUGAUGCAGCUUAUGCUGGUUCAGCUUUUAUCUGCCCUGAAUAUAGAUAUUUGAUGAAAGGAAUCGAACUUGCUGAAUCUUUCAACUUUAAUCCUCAUAAAUGGAUGCUUGUCAACUUUGAUUGUUCCGCCAUGUGGUUGAAAGAUCCAAAUUGGGUCGUUGAUGCUUUCAAUGUCGAUCCUUUAUAUUUAAAACAUGAUCAACAAGGAUCAGCACCAGAUUAUCGACAUUGGCAAAUUCCAUUGGGACGUCGUUUCAGAGCUUUAAAGCUUUGGUUUGUUCUUCGUCUUUAUGGAGUAGAAAAUCUUCAAACACAUAUUCAACGUCACAUCGGAUUUGCAAAAGAUUUCGAAAAACUUUGUAUGGCUGAUUCACGAUUUGAGAUCUUUACUGAAGUUCAGAUGGGACUUGUUUGUUUCCGACUUAAAGGAACAAAUGAAGUUAACGAAUCGCUUCUUAAGAAAAUCAACGGGCGUGGCAAUAUCCAUUUAGUUCCUUCAAAGAUUGGUGAUACUUUCUUUUUGCGAAUGGCUGUCUGUUCUCGCUUUACAAAAUCUGAAGACAUGCAAUAUUCAUGGGAAGAAGUCAGUAAGUCUGCUGAUGAAGUUUUGUCUGCAUAAAAUGAAACAAAUUGUGAUUCAUCGAAACUAUUUGAGGACCAUUAAAAAUUUUAUUUUGAUAUUCUUAUUUAAAUGAUAUACAAUAAGUGGAUAAUAAAAUUUUACAGCAUCAAAUUUUACGAGUUUUAAUCACUU